CGAACCUGGGUGAAGCAAAGUUAAGGUAUUCUCCGGAUUAUCCCUCGAAGACGCCCCACCCAUAGGGUUGCCCAAACAUAUAAAUGGGAAGUGUCAGAGUCCGUCGCCACUAACAGCGGAAUCUGCCUUGCAGCUGUGUCGUGAAGUCGAGCUAGGAAGUUUCCAGGCGUCACUCCCGGGAGACCUCAGAAUGAAGUUGGCGAGAGUUGGAUUGUUCCUACUUCUCCUGUUCGUCACGCAUUGUCUCCUGGCCGAUGCCCGCGACGAACAGAAGGGCAAGGGUAGGAGAGGUAAAGGACGCAGCCGAAGCGAAUCGCGAGGCAGGGGGCCACCUCAAGGAGAAGUGCAAAAGCAGUCAAAGGGAAAGGUAUUCCUCCCGAAACAAGGUAAAGUCGUCGGCAAGAACAAGGAGCAAUGCAGGUGGGCAUUGAGGGGAGAAGAGAGCAGCGACAGGAACCUGCGCUUGGAAUGCAAAGCAGGACAUAAUGCCUACUGGUGUGAAUUCACUGGGAACCCAGUGGCCUGCCAAAAGUACGCAGGAAAUGAGAAAACCUACUGGAAGCAAGUCAUCAGAGCACUGAAGAAGACAGACUGCAGCAACCCGUCGUCGGUGCUGAAAACAAGUUUGUGCAAAAAGAUAAAGUCAGCUGAUAUGAAAAUAACCCGCUCCAGCUUGCUGCCUGCUGCCUCCGCGGAGGAGAAGGACUCAAAAGAAUCGGUGCCGCUUGCCACCGAUAGCUCCGAGGGCCCCGACAUUAACAAAAUAGCCGCCGAGCAUUGUAGCGAAAGUUGGGGAUCCCUCUGCAAGUUCAUGCUGUCCGCUUUCCAAGGCUGAGACAAGAGGGACUGUAAUAAUUUGUUUCUGCGCUGUUGUGUAUUUACACUUACUUUGGGACUAUUUGUAUAGCUGAGAAAUUGUAUCAAAGUUCCACAAUUUAUAAAUAAGCCACUAAGACACGAAAGUGUUUCUAAUUUAUUAACAGGUCUUCGAAGCACAUUAUCUAGCGUUAAACUCUUGUGUACCUGUCGCUGUCCGUGCCCCGGGUCCGUGGUAGAACGCCUGGCCAUUCAAAUCAGAAACUUCCUUGCUUUCCGCUUUCAAACCUACACAUAACAUAUUAAGGUCUGAAAUGAUUUUAAGUCGCUCUUCCGGAGAACACUCUGUCAAUUUCAACCGUCUUUUUAAAAUUUCAUCCUUGCUUUGCCUAAUGUCAGUGAAGGAAUAUGGUAUUUCAACUAACACCACGGAAUCUAGUUCGCCACCGACUUGAAAGAAUCUGGCCACAGUCGCAUAGAGAACGACCGCGCUUUGUGAAUAAAACUGUUUAUAUAUACAGUACACUAUACUAAAACUGUUAAUAAAAAAUUGAAACACUAUUUUA